GACAGACGGGAAAAUAUGAAAAUAAACAUGGAGUCACGGAUGUCAUGGAUGGAAUCAUGAGUUUUGUAAUUUCUGAAUUUGUUAAUUUGUUGUCAUCAUAAAAUUCUGUCUGAAGGUCUUGAUUUUGUUGUGUAAACGGCAGUGUAAAUAAUAGGAUCGUGUUUAUUGUGGUAGAUUAGUGUUUCAUGUUUUUUUGUUGGAAUGUAUCAUAUUUUUUAAAAUAAGUUAGGUAUCUAUUGUUUUUUGAGUUCAUCAUGGGGAGUGAAAAAGAUAGAAUGUCGGAUCCGGGCGACGGUGACGAUAUACCAAGCGAUUUCUUUGACGAUUUUAACAGAGAUGAUUUUAUGGAAGGGUUAAGUGUUAUAGACAGCUGGGAUGAAGAAGAUGGUGCCGGUAAGCGACGUGAGGCGCGUCGUAUCAACAUGGAGGCCAUCGACAGCGUGAAGGACCUUCGAGAACUAAUUGGAGGAGAACCUAUUAAAGAAGAAGAAAACACGUCUAAGCCAUAUGUUAAGUUUGAUGAUAGGUACAAGUGGCGCAAACGAGAAUCUCCACAGCAGAGGUCUUCGAGCAGCUCUCGUAUGAAUGAUUUCAUCAAACCUGGUAGCAGACGUGAUCCUAGCAAGACUAAUGAAGCCAUUAAGAAAGAUAAGGAAGUUAAAGUAAAAGAAUACCUUGCGAAGCACUUGGAGUCUACUGAUGAUCUUCGACCUCCAGGAACUGAACUUGAUGAUUAUUUUGAUGAAGAAAAAUCUAAAGAAGCUAAGAAAACUCCAAAACGUGUAGUGGAGGAAGUCCCAGAUGAGCCACACAAGCCUGUACAAGAACGGCAAGUUCGGGAAUCACCUCACUAUCGCAGCCCGCGUCGCCAAAGUCCACGCCGUGCAAGUCCCCGCCGCUACAGCCCUCGUCGAAGAUACAGUCCUAGAUGGAGUCCACGUCCCCAUUAUCAUCCACAUCCACCUCACGUACACCAGUAUCGACCUCGGUUCAGCCCUCACAAAGUCUACAGAAAACGAUACAGUCCUCCGCGACGCAGCCCACCACGACGCAGCCCACAUCGCCGAUACAGCCCGCGUCGGUCCCGUGAGCGCAGCCCUCGACGUCGACGGCCAUCCAGAUCUCCUACAAGGCGUCCUUAUGAAUCUAAAAGAGGACAUUCAAGAUCACGUUCCCCACAUCAAAAAGAUACAUUCCUAUAUCCAAAUGAACCAGGAAUGUCAGCAUAUCCUGUAGAACCUUAUAGUACUGAACCAGCACAGCUGUAUACUGCUCCUGUGCAGCAAAGUGAAUUUCCUGGAAGUGUACCAGGAUAUACAUACCCGCAAGGAGUAGCAUAUGGUGGUGGUUUUCCUGCGCCAUAUAACUAUAACUUGGCACCUGGUGCACCUAGUGGAAUGCCGGAGCCAGUACCAAUGCCGACUAUAAACCCAAUUCCAGCUCCUUUGAAUGUAGCCUCAGCACCGGCCAUGGUACCAGCUCCUGCCCUCCCAGUUAUAGAGCAGAAAACACCAUAUGAUGCGUUGGCACAAUUAGUUGCAGAAGGGAAGAUUUCUCAAGAAGAUUAUCUUAAGCUUGCUCCUAAUAAAGGUGCAAGCAGUGUAAUGGAUUCAAAGACUUUAAAUGGAGUUAUGUCUCGGUGCAAUCAAGCUUUAGUCAAGUUAGAAAAGUUGCUCCUGCCCAACCACUUGAUGAUGAACAACCAUAUUGUCGGAUCGAAACUCAAGGCCUUGGAGUCGAAGUUUUGUUCGCCGCUGAAGAGACAAGCCACCAUCGAGUUCAACUUUACGAAAACCAACGGACCUAUUCUGGCGCAGCAAAACAAGCAGCUUGUGGAGAGCAUCAUCACUACAAUUGGAUUGGAUAAGGUGGUGUCCAGAUAUAAAAAGAAACUCCCCAAAGACAUGAAGGAUGCGGCCGUCCAGACGACGAAACCGUUUUGUGAUGUGUGUGAAAUUCGCGAAUCUACAAGUUUCCAAGAAGCCAGUACUUCCACCGAACCCGAAUAUUUUAGUUCAUCAGUUCAUACUCAAGUUGUAGAACAAGAUUUGGUUAAUUCCAAAUCUGUUUUUAACCCAACCGGCAGCAUCUCCGAUGGAGCACCCAUCUCAAUAGCUCAUUUGACUCCCGCGCAGUUGGUAUCCCAGCUGGCCGCGCGCGCGAAGACCUUGCAGCAAACCUCGCCUGUACCGCAGCCGAUGCAUCCGAACCAGUACGGUAGAAGAAAUCCCAACUAUGACUAUGACGCUAGAGGCGGUGCUGGCCAACAGCAGUAUCACCAUAAUUACAAUAACUACCGUUAUUAAAAUAUACUGUCUAUGGUAAAUGAGCUGCAUGUCUGUUUUGAAAUUACUUAGCAUAGGUAUUUCAAGCAAAAGCUUAUGAAUAUACCUUAUAUUGCGAAUAUAUGUUUAAGUUUCAAAUAAAUAUAAUGCCCUUACGAGUAAUUUGUUGUACUUAUGUUUCCGUUUUUUUGUUUUUAAUUUUUGAUCGUGAUACAGUUUCACCAUAAAUAUUGUUAAAAUUGAGUUUUUUAAUUGUGGUGACUGGGUUUCGCUGAAAUAGAUUUUAAGUACUGUACAUAUUAUGUCGACAAAAUUGUAAAGUUUUGUUGUAUAGAAUAAGAUUGUGUUGUUUUGUAAAAGGUUCUGAUUUAAAAGAAGCUUCUCUGCAUUUUUGUGCCAGAGGAAGACUAGUUUUAAUAUUUUUAAUCGAAGUUGAUGGCCGACUGCUGUUUCACGGAUACUUUACGGAGUCGUUGCAAAUGUGAAAAGAAGUUGUAUGGAAACGGAACAUCUUGUUCGGUGUCUUCAAUGAGCCCUGCACACCUAGUGGUCCCAACGAGCCGACGUCUCAACUCAAGAGAAAAAUAUCAAGAUUGAAAUGUGAAGAUUUUUGUGAUUUUUACCUGUGAAAGCAAAAAUUGUAUGCCGGUAUCCAAUAUGAUCGCAAACAUCUUCAGAAAUCUGUCAUACCUACAUUUAAUUCGAGUAUUUCAAUCUUAUACCUAAGUUUACUUGGGGAAAUGAUUGUAAUGAAGACGUGAUCAUAUUGGAUCGGAUUUUUUUUCUUAGGAACUGCCAUUUCAUUCCUUUUGACUAUUUGUUUGUACAUAUUCCAUUGUUACCAAAUGUUCUUCAAAAUAGAAUACCUUUAGUUCAUUGAGUAUAGAGCUAUAGCAUCGUCUUAUGUAGGUACUUAUCAAACUGAAGUUAUAUUAACAAAUAAAUGUAAAUAUGUGUGCCCUCUAUAAUGGUGUACACUAUAUACCUACCGACUUAUCUCUAUACUCCGUGUUUUAUUAGGUAAAUUUGGUUUUUGUUACGUUUAAUAUUACAAAUUACCUAAUGUUAGGUAAUUUGAGUUGUCACAAUUCUGAAUUACUUUUUUCCAAGCUGUGUAACACCAAUAAUGUUUUACAAAGUUGAUAUAACUCGAUUGGUAGCACAUAAGUACUUUGUCAGUCUUAUAUUAUGGGUGAUUAUAUUCUACUGUCAUUAGAUAAAUAAGUAAAUAUAUAAGAAAUUUAAGUAAAAAAUGAAAAAGUAUGUAUGUGUGCAAUUUUAUAGGUGUUUAUGAAAUUCUAAAAUGUCUCAAAGAAUAAAAGUUGCAAUUUUUUUUAUUUGUUUAUUACAAAAUGUUUUACCUCAACUGUAACAGAAGACACAAGAAAUACACACUUCGAAGAGUAAA